GAGCGAGGCUCGCGGGGCUGCGCCGCCGGUGACGGGCGCUGGGCGGCCGCCGGGCUCCGGGCGCCGCCGCGUCCCCAGCGCUGCGGCGGGCCCCGCGAGGCGGCCUGCGGGGGCGGCGCAGUUGCGAAACUGAGUUCCUGUGUGGCUCAUCCUAGAAUACCUGUCUGGUGCUCUGCCCUUCCUCAAGACUACCUCACACUUCUCCCACUGGGGACUCCAGCGUGGUAAGCUCACUGCACAGACUCUCUGCCUUUUCCAUGUUUUCCUAGAGAAAUGACCUGAUACCUUGAUGACCAGUCUCAGGGCCCUUGGGUGACUGGCUGGGGCACCAUGGAACUUAAAGUAUGGGUGGACGGAGUUCAGAGGAUUGUUUGUGGGGUCACUGAAGUCACAACUUGCCAGGAAGUUGUCAUAGCCCUAGCUCAAGCAAUAGGUCGAACUGGAAGGUACACUCUUAUAGAAAAAUGGAGAGAUACUGAAAGACAUUUAGCACCUCAUGAAAAUCCUAUCAUAUCCUUAAACAAAUGGGGGCAGUAUGCUAGUGAUGUGCAGCUGAUUUUACGUCGAACUGGGCCAUCUCUCAGCGAGCGACCCACAUCAGAUAGUGUGGCUCGAAUUCCUGAAAGAACUUUAUACAGGCAGAGUUUACCCCCCUUAGCCAAACUGAGGCCUCAGAUUGACAAAACGAUCAAAAGGAGAGAACCUAAAAGGAAAUCAUUAACAUUUACAGGAGGUGCCAAAGGAUUAAUGGACAUUUUUGGAAAAGGUAAAGAAACUGAAUUUAAGCAAAAGGUGCUGAAUAACUGCAAAACCACAGCAGAUGAGUUAAAGAAACUGAUCCGUUUGCAGACAGAGAAGCUCCAAUCUAUUGAGAAAGAGCUAGAAUCAAAUGAAAUAGAAAUACGAUUCUGGGAGCAAAAAUAUAAUUCUAACCUAGAAGAGGAAAUUGUCCGCCUGGAGCAAAAGAUCAAAAGAAAUGAUGUAGAAAUUGAAGAGGAAGAAUUUUGGGAAAAUGAAUUACAGAUUGAACAGGAAAAUGAAAAACAGCUGAAAGAUCAACUUCAAGAAAUAAGACAAAAAAUAACAGAAUGUGAGAGUAAAUUAAAGGACUAUUUGGCUCAAAUCCAGACUAUGGAAAGUGGUCUUGAGGCAGAAAAAUUGCAACGGGAAGUUCAAGAGGCACAAGUCAAUGAAGAAGAGGUUAAAGGAAAGAUUGGUAAGGUUAGAGGGGAAAUUGACAUUCAAGGCCAGCAGAGUCUGAGGCUAGAAAACGGUAUUAAAGCUGUGGAAAGAUCUCUUGGGCAAGCCACCAAACGAUUACAGUUGGAAACCUGCCUUAGUUUAUAAGUUUCUUAGAAUUUCUGUGACUUAGGACAAAGCUGAGAUGUGAGACCAAAAAAAGACGACAGCUGGAGCCACACUAUUCUUCUCCAUGGAAGAAGCUUUCUUACUGUGGCAGCUGUAACAUUAGGUAAUUGGAUGCAAAAGAUGAAAAUCUCAGAGCUGGAAUGGACACUAAUGAUGAUAUAGUGAAUCUUACCUUCUCCUUCUAGAGCUGGGAAACCAAAGCCAAAAGGGAUUAUUACUAAGGAUGUGUGUCUAGUUGGCUGCCUAUCUAUCACAUCACCACUGUUGCUAAUCCCAUCUUCUUUCCUGAGGUGUUAUUAGUGCCCCCCCCCCAACCCCAUAACCCUCACUUACUUUCUGGAGGAGAGAGGCAGGUUCCUCUCUGCCUUUUCCCCACUCCUAGUCCACAUACAAGAACAUUUGUAUUUUGCACUUAGACCCUGAUCACUCAACUUAUAUUUCUUGGGUACCCAUUCUUGAAAAGACAGUGUGAUGGUGUUGUCAGACUUGUAAAGAGAUAUCAGUCUCUAACAGCUGAAAUGAGAAAGAUACACAGUUGAUUAUAAUAUGGCUCCUUACAUUUAAAUUAAUUAAAAUUGAAUAAUAUUCAAUAAAGGUGUUUAAAAACAUUGAAUAAAUUUAAAUUCUUAUUUAGUCACAUUUGGCCACAUUCAGUGCUCAUUAGCAGAUACAUCUAGUGGCUACUGUAUUGGACAGGGCUUGUUUAGAAGCUGUGUGAUGAUCAUGGAUCAAAGAGGGAACCAUGAGGCUUCAGAGCACAUGUGCCAGAAACUCUGAAUGUCUGUAGUAACAAGAUCUCCAAAUAGUACCUGUGCACACUGGAGUUGGAGAAGAGCUGCUUUAAGAGUCUGAACAGUUCCACAAGCAGAGAAAGCUGAGGUUUCAGGAAGAACUGAUGUCAUUUCCUUUCUCUGUCACUGACUAUAGUAAGUAGUAGAACUGCCAACCAAAAUUUGUGCAGUCAAGAAUUUCUCAUGCAAUAGAAGGUUGUUAACCCUCUGGCUUGUCAGUAUUUUACUAUUUGGAUUCAUUUUGACAUCUAAAAAAGGUACACUUGGGAAUUGUAUUGCCUUGAUGUUACCGGAAAUACUAGUUUAUGACAGCUGUUACUAGUAAACUCCACUACCUAUGAAAAGUAUCUAAUAAACUACUGACAUACCUCCAAGAACCCCCUACACUCAAAGUAAGUAGAGAAAACCACCACUGUUCUCUAUUUUUCUCUUCCCUACCUUUACCGAAUCCUUCAGACACACCCAGCUUGGGUGGGGCCUUUGCCACUUUUUCUUAUAGUUCCCUAAAAGAGAGAAAGAGAAGAAAACCCAUUUGAAUAAUAGAAUGAUUCUCCUUGCUUUGGGAGGUUUCUGGCUGUCCAAAGUUGUUCUCCUGACUUUAAGGCCCCUCAGUUCCCAGACUUGAUUUUCUGGGUUUAAGAGUCCCAUAGUGGGACUCUUGCUUUCCUCAUGCCAUAGCAUAAAUCUCAAAAAUGGAUCUCAUGAAAACUUAAGCAGUUUAAAAAAAUAAGAACUCUAAAUCUUGUGGAUGACUAUUAAUUUUGCAGUCAGUUAUGAAGUAGAUAAUAGGGAACUUUACUUGUGAACAGCUUAGCAAGAUUGCUGUCAACACCAGGGUGGAUGGAAUCCAUUAUUUGAUUCAUGACAGUUUACAGACAUAUAUUUAUUUCAUCAGUAGCAUAAUGUAUUCCUAACAGAGGAAGCUGUCACAUUUAAGAGGACAGACUUAAGAAGCUGUUGUCAUUCAUUUGCUUAUUUUUUGGUCCAUGCCACAGAGUAAAAGUGACCUCUUUAGCCAUUAUGUCAAUAUGAACCAGAUUUAUUAAAUGUAUUCCUGUGUAAGCUAGUGUCUCACAUUCAACCCCUGCCAGGAUGCCUUUAGCUGGGCAAUAGUGAAUCUUCAAAUUAAAAAAAAAAAAUUAACUUCCAUCUAGGACAAAGAACAAGAAUUGGAGCAGUUGACUAAAGAGCUACGGCAGGUCAAUCUGCAGCAGUUUAUCCAGCAGACAGGGACAAAAGUCACCGUUUUGCCAGCAGAGCCCAUUGAGGUGGAGGCAUCGCAUGCAGACAUAG